GAGCUCGCGAAACCCAUAGCUUCUUCUUCAGAAGAACCUACUCAGAUCGGUCUUCUUUCUCUCUAUCCUUUGUCGGGAUUCUCUUUCUAACCUUCACCCUAUCUCUUCCCUUAAUUACGUCUCCUGUUUGCUUCAAGCCUGAUUGAAUUUGUAUCACUUGGGGAAUGAAUAAAACUGGUUUUGUCCAUCUCUGUUAGAAAAAAGUAAUAUUGGAAUUUGAGAGAAGGGACGUUGCGAUGUAUACGAGGGCAUUAAAGAGGAACCAGAGAUGGGAUUUGCUAUUGCAGCAAGCCAAAUACUUAGUUAGGCCAGCCAUUCGCAACUAUACCGUCUCCAGAUCUUAUGGAUUCACAGAUACAUUAACAAAUAGUGCAAAUUUGACAAGAAAGUCUCUCCUCGGUUCAUUUUAUCCCCGCGUUGGUACUAUUGCCUCGGGAAAUUUUUUAAGUAAUUUGAAGAAUAGCCAGUUGCGUAGUUUUAGUUCUGAAGGUGAUGGAAGGAAUGCUAGUGAGGAUAAACAUAUCUCUUUGAACAAAGGGAAUGGUGUAGAUGAUGGAAAGACCGGUAAGGAGAAAAGUAAUAGCGGUGUUGGGCAUUUAGAUUCUCAUGCUCAACUUGGUGAACAGGACCAAAUAGAAUGGCUCAGUAAUGAGAAGCUUGCCAGUGAAUGCAAAAAGAAGGAGUCACCUUUGCUUAAUAGACGAGAAAGAUUCAAAAACGAAUUCUCACGGAGAGUCCAACCUUGGGAAAAAAUACAGCUUUCGUGGGAGACCUUCCCUUACUAUAUCCAUGACCAUACGAAAAAUAUUUUGGUGGAAUGUGUUACCUCACAUAUAAGGCAGAAGAAUGCCACUUCUAUAUAUGGUGCUCGUUUAGAUUCUUCAAGUGGAAGAAUAUUGCUCCAGAGUGUUCCAGGUACUGAGCUUUAUCGGGAGAGGUUGGUUAGAGCACUUGCUCGAGAUGUACAAGCUCCCCUGUUGAUACUUGACAGCAGUGUUCUUGCCCCAUAUGAUUUUGCUGAUGACUACAAUGAAGAUUCUGAAUCUGAUGGUGAGAAUGCAGACGCGGAAGCAGAUGAGAGCACGACAGAGUCUGAAGCUGAAGACGAAUCUGGUGCUAACAAUGAGGAGGAUUCUGAAGCGAAAACAGAUGGGAGUGAAAAUGAUGAAGCUUGCCUCGAGGUUUCUGAGGAAGCGAUCAAGAAAAUUGUUCCAAAACUUGAGGAGUUUGAAAAGUUGGUAGCAGAGGAAUUACAUAGUUCUGGUGAAGCAUGUGAAGCGGCAGCUGUUGAGCAUUCUGAUAAAGCCAGGCGACCAGCAAAGAAAGGAGAUCGAGUAAAAUAUGUAGGGUCUUCUAAGAAGGGUGAUGCAAAGCACAGGCCAUUAUCUAGCGGACAACGUGGAGAGGUUUAUGAGGUGAGUGGAAACCGUGUUGCAGUCAUAUUUGACGAUACUUCGUCAGAGGAAAGCGAGAAGAAACCAUCCCAUAAACUACAUAUGCACUGGAUAGAUGUUGGAGACCUAAAGCAUGAUUUGGAUAUGCAGGCAGAAGAUGGCUAUAUCGCCAUGGAGGCUUUAAGUGAGGUUUUGCAAUCCACGCAACCACUUAUCGUCUACUUUCCCGACUUGUCCCAGUGGAUGUCCAGAGCUGUACCUAAGUCAAAACGAAAUGAGUUUGUAGACAAAGUUCAGGAAAUGUUUGAUAAACUGUCAGGUCCUGUUGUUAUGAUCUGUGGACGGAACAAGAUUGAAACAGGCUCAAAAGAGAGAGAGAAAUUUACGAUGAUACUCCCAAACUUUGGCCGUCUUGCGAAACUGCCCCUUCCGUUGAAGCGUCUCACUGAGGGACUCACGGGAAGGAAAACAUCAGAGGAUAAUGAUAUAUACAAACUCUUCACUAAUGUUAUGACCCUACUCCCUCCGAAGGAAGAAGAUAACCUUGUAGUAUUCAACAAACAACUUGGAGAAGAUAGAAGAAUUGUGAUAUCACGGAGCAAUUUGAAUGAGCUACUUAAGGUGCUUGAGGAAAACGAGUUAUUAUGCACAGACUUGUACCAAGUGAACACGGAUGGCGUGAUAUUGACAAAGCAAAGAGCGGAGAAAGUUAUUGGCUGGGCCAGAAACCACUAUUUAUCUUCUUGUCCUGACCCAUCGGUUAAAGAAGGCCGCCUGAUUCUGCCCCGUGAAAGCAUUGAGAUUUCAGUUAAAAGGUUACAAGCACAAGAAGAUAUUUCCCGAAAGCCCUCACAUAACUUGAAGAAUAUUGCAAAGGAUGAAUAUGAAACCAAUUUUGUGUCAGCUGUGGUUGCUCCUGGAGAAAUCGGGGUCAAGUUUGACGACAUUGGUGCUCUUGAACAUGUAAAGAAGACAUUAAAUGAGUUGGUCAUUCUUCCCAUGAGAAGGCCAGAGCUUUUCACCCGUGGAAAUCUCUUGCGGCCUUGUAAAGGUAUAUUGCUUUUUGGUCCUCCUGGUACGGGUAAAACGCUACUCGCCAAGGCGCUUGCAACAGAAGCAGGGGCAAACUUUAUUAGCAUAACUGGCUCAACGCUUACCUCAAAGUGGUUUGGAGAUGCAGAGAAGCUCACGAAGGCUUUAUUCUCUUUUGCAAGCAAACUAGCGCCUGUAAUUAUAUUUGUUGAUGAGGUUGACAGUUUGUUGGGUGCGCGUGGAGGUGCUUUUGAGCACGAGGCAACCCGGAGAAUGAGAAACGAGUUUAUGGCAGCUUGGGAUGGACUCAGGUCAAAGGAUAGCCAAAGAAUACUCAUUCUUGGUGCCACCAACCGACCUUUUGAUCUUGAUGAUGCUGUUAUUCGUCGGCUACCAAGACGGAUAUAUGUAGAUUUACCAGAUGCGGAAAACCGGUUGAAGAUUUUGAAGAUAUUUCUUACUCCAGAAAAUCUUGAAACUGGUUUCGAGUUUGAUAAACUUGCAAAGGAAACCGAAGGAUACUCAGGAAGCGAUCUCAAGAAUCUAUGCAUAGCUGCUGCAUACAGACCUGUGCAAGAAUUGUUACAAGAAGAGAACAAGGGUUCGGUAGCAAAUGCAGCUCCUGAUCUACGGCCUCUGAGUUUGGACGACUUCAUUCAAUCAAAAGCUAAGGUAAGUCCAUCAGUGGCGUAUGAUGCAACAACAAUGAACGAAUUGAGGAAAUGGAACGAACAGUACGGUGAAGGAGGGACCCGGACUAAGUCCCCUUUUGGCUUCUAAAACCAGUUUUGUUAGAUUCAAUCUCUCUUUUUUACCUACAAAAACUCAUUAAUUUUGCUUCAUGUC